GCUGAUUGGCGCUCUGAAGAUCCUCGCGCCUCCGCGGAGAGCACAGCUGCUGGCUGUCAGACUGAUGGCCACGUUUGGCGAGUGACUGCCGUGUUGUCAGUGUGUCUAUCAUGGAACUCUUGGUUCGUUAUCUUGAUCGGAGCAAUUCAGUGAGUUCGACCACAACUCAAGAUUUAGUCAAGGAGAAAAACCUGAGGGAUGACCUGAGGUUCUACUUUAUGAGCCCAUGUGAGAAGUACAGGGCCCGAAGGCACAUCCCUUGGAAAUUGGGGGUGCAGAUCCUCAAGAUUGUCAUGAUCACCACACAACUCGUCCUUUUUGGCCUCAACAACCAGCUGGUGGUGUCCUACAAGGAGGAGAAUGCCAUGGCCCUGAAAAACUUGUUCCUGAAGGACUACAGCGGAGUGGAUGAGGACGACUACAGCGUUGCAGUCUACUCACAACAAGGUGUCUAUGACAGCUUGUUUUAUGUGCUGGAGCAGUACAACCAGCUGGGCCGGCUUGCCGUGGGUCCCAUCAGUUAUGCUGAGGAUGAAGAUGGUGGCUUGCUGCCUCUGGUCAUCUGUAAAAACCUCUACAGUCGAGGCAGUGUGGCGCCUUCGGAGGAGACCUAUGACAUAGACGCUGAGUUGGAAACAGUUUGCCUGUCACUUGAUCCGAAGACCGCACACCAAUGGAAAACCCAUAAUGCAUCCUUUUUUGACCUGGACUUUUACAGGUUGGUGGACAUGAAAAUAACCUUCAAUUUAAAGGGGAUCAACCUGCAAACGGUGCGGUCGCGGGAGUUGCCUGACUGUUACUCGUUUUCUGUCACGAUAACAUUUGAUAACCAGUGUCACAGUGGAAAGGUGAAACUAUUUCUUGACAUCGACGCACAGAGCAGCACAUGCCGAGGCUGGAAGAUAUCUGGAACAGCUCAGAAAAACACACACUAUCAUUUGGUGUUCGACGGCUUUGUCAUCGUGGUUUGCCUCACCUCGGCCGUGCUGUGCACCCGCUCCAUCGUGUUGGCCGUCAGGUUGCUGCAGAGAUUCUCCAGGUUCCUUUAUGAAAACUACAGCCGAAAGAUUUGUGAGGAUGACCAGAGAGAGUUCUUAAAUGGCUGGUACGUGUUGGUCAUUGUCAGCGACCUCUUGACCAUAAUUGGGUCCAUACUGAAGAUGGAAAUUCAAGCAAAGAGUUUAACCAGCUAUGAUGUGUGCAGUAUAUUUCUGGGUACGUCAACGUUGUUGGUGUGGGUCAGCGUGAUUCGCUAUCUGGGCUACUUCCAGAAAUACAAUGUGCUGAUUUUGACCAUGAAGGCUGCCUUUCCGAAGGUGUUACGUUUCUGCUGCUGUGCUGGCAUGAUUUACCUUGGCUACACCUUCUGUGGGUGGAUUGUGCUAGGGCCGUACCACGAGAAGUUUGAAGGCCUGAGCCUUGUGGCGGAGUGUCUGUUUUCCUUGUUAAACGGCGACGACAUGUUCACCACCUUUGCCCAGCUGAAGGACAAAAACACGCUGGUUUGGCUGUUCAGUCGGGCCUACCUCUACUCCUUCAUUUCACUAUUCAUCUACAUGGUGCUGUCGCUCUUCAUCGCCCUCAUCACCGACGCCUAUGAGACCAUUAAGAAUUACCAGAGGGAUGGAUUCCCACUGACAGACCUGCAAAAGUUCCUAAGAGAUCAGAAAGAUUUUGUUUGCUCGGAAGAGAGCAGACAGCAAGACUUCUACACCCGCUACUCAGUGUUCUGCUGCUGUGAAAGAGUCGCUGAAAGUGAUGACAUCGCACUCAUCAGCUGACAAAUGUUGCGCCUCCCGAUUGAAGCAAUCUGGGAAGAGAGCAAUGGGAAUAGGACUUCACACGUCUGACGCACACUAGCGAAUAUUCCUCAUUCGGACUCCUUACUUGUGGACCGCUGUGUCGUGCAAUACAAAGACAUUACGUGAGUCCCCAUGUUGAAUUUACUGAAGCAUGAACUUACUCAGUUAUGUCUUGAAGCAAGAUGUAAAGUUGUUUUUUAUUUACAGUGUUUGUUGGCGACCAGGUUGACAGUGUCAGCAUGGGGUGGGACUGGUGGAGGGGGUGCACAAAUGCGUUUAUGAAUUUUCCUAGACCUGCUGGUGCUUCAUAGAAUGAUGCAAUAAAUGUGAUUAUUUAUUGUUUGUGCAUGCGAUAAGAUGCCGCAAAGUAAUGAGAAAGUUACCCGUUAUGUCUUUGUGCAUCUUUGUUUCAGAUCUGACUUAUAAUGUUGAAUAUACAGAAAUAAAAUGCAUUAUCAGCCUCAAAA